CAAGUUCAUCCAGGCUCCUUCAUCAUCACCUUUUUCAUACCUGAAUCAGUCGUCGAGAUAUUGAAGGCGAAAGUUCCUAGAGCACUUCUCAAGCAAUACUCAGUCACACGACUGGAGAUUGCUGGAACCUGUGUCUAUCGUUUACGUAAACCUCAAGAGAAGAUGCCUGUCACUCCGUCAACCAGCAGUGGUCCAGUCAGU